CCCCCUCUUUUCUUCUCCCCUCCCUCUACACCUCCCUAACUCCCCCGAGCCCCGUUGGGUGGUCACCCUGAAGACGUCCCACCUCCUCCUCCUCCAGCGCCAUCAUGCUGAUCAAGGAGUACCGCAUCCCCAUGCCCAUGAGUGUGGAGGAGUACCGCAUCGCCCAGCUCUACAUGAUCCAGAAAAAGAGCCGUGAGGAGACCUGCGGCGAGGGCAGCGGCGUGGAGAUCCUGGAGAACAAGCCGUACGAGGACGGGCCGGGCGGCGCUGGCCAGUACACCCACAAGGUCUACCACAUCGGCAUGCACAUCCCCAGCUGGUUCCGCUCCAUCCUGCCCAAGGCCGCGCUGAGGGUGGAGGAGGAGUCCUGGAACGCCUACCCCUACACCCGCACCAGGUACACCUGUCCGUUUGUGGAGAAGUUCUCCAUCGACAUCGAGACGCACUACAAGCCCGAUACGGGGAACCAGCCAGACGUCUUCAACAUGGGGGCCGCUGAGAAGAGGCAGAGGACCCUGGACCCCAUCGACAUCGUCACGGACCCCGUCCCGUCCCACGAGUACAAGGCGGAGGAGGACCCCCGCCUCUACCAGUCGGCCAAGACGCAGCGGGGGCCCCUGAGGGACGACUGGAUCGAGGAGUACAACAGCGGCCCCGGCGACACCCCCGUCAUGUGUGCCUACAAGCUGUGCAAGGUGGAGUUCCGCUACUGGGGCAUGCAGUCCAAGAUCGAGCGCUUCAUCCAUGACGUAGGGCUGAGGAAGGUGAUGGUGCGGGCCCACCGGCAGGCGUGGUGCUGGCAGGACGAGUGGUACGGCCUCACCAUGGAGGACAUCCGCCAGCUGGAGCUGGAGACCCAGCUGGCGCUGGCCACCAAGAUGGCCCAGUUCAGCCAGGCGGAGGAGGCGGCGGAGGCCCACGGCGGAGCCUCCUCGCCGGGGGACGCCGAGAAGGAGGCCGGCGGCGGCGGCGGCGGCGGCGGCCCGGAGGCGGAGGAGGGGGGGGGCGGCUCCUCCGGGGACACGCUGCACGCCCGGGGCCCGCUCACCAAGCAGUGGUCCACCUCCUCCCGCUCCUCCCGCUCGUCCAAGAGAGGAGUGAGCCCGUCUCACCACAGCAUCUCUGAGUGGAGGAUGCAGAGCAUCGCCCGCGACUCGGAGGAGAGCUCGGACGACGAGGAGUUCUUCGAUGCCCACGAGGACCUGUCGGACAACGAGGACGUCUUCCCCAAGGAGAUCUCCAAGUGGAACUCCAACGACCUCAUGGACAAAAUCGAGGCCGCCGACGCAGACGGGACGUCGGGUGAACUCUUUAAGGAAAUGACAGUGGACUAUGAAAGCACCGCCAGUGAGGAGCGACUGGACGAGGACUGCUCGUCCCAGCAGGGUCUGCAGCCCUCUAACAUCCACGUGCUGAUUCUGGUGCUGCACGGGGGCAACAUCCUGGACACGGGCGGGGGGGAGGCCAGCAGCAAGCAGGCCGACGUCAACACGCUGAGCGGGGCCUUCGAGGGCGUGAUGCGCGUGCACUACCCCACCGCGCUGGGCCGCAUCGCCCUGCGCCUGGUGCCCUGCCCCGCCAUCUGCGCCGAGGCCUUCAGCCUGGUCUCCAAUCUGAGUCCGUACAGCUACGACGAGGGCUGUCUGUCCAGCAGCCAGGACCACAUCCCCCUGGCCGCGCUGCCCCUGCUGGCCACCUCCUCGCCCCAGUACCAGGAGGCCGUGGCCACCGUGGUGCUGCGGGCCAACCAGGUGUACGCCGACUUCCUGCGCUCGCUCAACGGAGACUCCUUCUCCGGCCAGGUGUGUCUGAUCGGGGACUGCGUGGGUGGUAUCCUGGGCUUCGACGCCCUCUGCACCAGCAACCAGACGGUGAACGAGAGCCAGAACAGCAGCCGCAGAGGGUCGGUGGUCAGCGUGCAGGACCAGGACCUGCUGUCUCCGGGCUUCAUGGUGCCCUGCGGGCAGGGCCUGAUGUCCCCCGGCCUGGAGGCCAGCCGCCACCUCAGCCGCAGCAACAUAGACAUCCCCCGCUCCGGCUCCUCGGCCUCCGACGACACCAAGAAACCGCUGACCCGCAAGAGGAGCGACUCCGGCACCUACGAGGUGGACACCAUCAAGCAGCACCACGCCUUCCUGUCCAGCCUGCACUCCAACGUGCUGCGCAGCGACGGCGUGUCGCGGCGCUCCAGCAGCAGCACCAUGCUGGACGCCGGCGCCCUGGGGAAGUUUGAGUUCGAGGUGUCAGACUUCUUCAUGUUCGGCUCCCCCCUGGGGCUGGUGCUCGCCCUGCGGAAGACGGUCAUCCCCGUGAUGGACGUGGCCACGCUGAGGCCCGCGUGCCAGCAGGUGUACAACCUGUUCCACCCUGCGGACCCCUCGGCCUCUCGCCUGGAGCCCCUCCUGGAGAAGAAGUUCCACCUGCUGCCCCCCUUCAACGUGCCCCGCUACCAGCGCUUCCCCCUGGGCGACGGGAACUCCGCCCUAUUGGCGGAUGUUGUUCAGUCUCAUGGUGGUGUCUUCAUGGACAGUUCGAACCCCACCUCCCCCGUACCGGGCCCCCACUCCAGGGGCCUGCGGCGGGCCAGUGAGGUCAGCAUGGCCAGCCAGGUGUCAGGGAUGGCAGACAGUUACACUGCCACCAACAUAGCCAACAAACGCUCGAGCCAAACUAACCAAUCCAAAAGGUAUAGCCUGUUGUCCCAACUCGCCCUCUCGUCGCAAUUCUUCCUGAAGAGUCCGCCCAAGACACGUAGGAGGGACCGGCUCCAAGGCCCCCCAGACCCGGACCCGGCUCCGGGUCGGGCCCCUCCCCCAGAGCCCGAUGAGGAGGGCUGCGCGGGCUGGGGCCCCAGCAGCCCGUGUGAGUCGUGUCCCUCCGUGGGGCUGGACCACGCCUUCUCGGACCUGGUCUCCCUGGACUCCCAGGCCGAGGUGGACCAAGUCGCAGCGCGCUGGUGGGGCACAAAGCGGAUGGACUUUGCGCUGUACUGUCCGGACGCGCUCACGGCUUUCCCCACGGUGGCGCUGCCGCACCUCUUCCACGCCUCCUACUGGGAGUCCACCGAUGUGGUGUCCUUCCUGCUGCGGCAGGUCAUGAGACACGAGAACUCCAGUAUCCUGGAGCUGGACGGGAAGGAGGUGUCAGAGUUCACCCCGUCCAAACCCCGGGAGAAGUGGCUCCGCAAGAGGACCCACGUCAAGAUCCGGAACGUGACGGCCAACCACCGCUUGAGCGACGCCGUUUUCACGGAGGGCGGCCAGCAACUGCUGUCUGGUCGCUUCAUGUACGGCCCGCUGGACAUGGUCACCCUGACCGGGGAGAAGGUGGACCUCCACAUCAUGACGCAGCCCCCCUCGGGGGAGUGGGUGCACUUCGACACGGAGGUGACCAACAGCAGCGGGCGCGUCUCCUUCCUGCUGCCUGAGGACCGGCGCCUAGGGGUGGGGGUCUACCCCAUCAAGAUGGUGGUCCGAGGGGACCACACCUUUGCAGACAGCUACCUGACGGUGCUGCCGCGGGGGACAGAGUUUGUGGUGUUCAGCAUCGACGGCUCGUUCGCGGCGAGCGUCUCCAUCAUGGGCAGCGACCCCAAAGUGCGGGCGGGGGCGGUGGACGUGGUCCGGCACUGGCAGGACCUGGGCUUCCUGAUCAUCUACGUGACGGGGCGGCCCGACAUGCAGAAGCAGCGCGUGGUGGCCUGGCUCUCCCAGCACAACUUCCCCCAUGGAAUCGUGUCCUUCUGCGACGGCCUGGUCCACGACCCGCUCAGACACAAGGCCAACUUCCUCAAGUCCCUCACCGAGGCUAACAUGAAGAUAUUCGCUGGCUACGGUUCAACCAAAGACAUCUCGGUGUACACAGCCAUCGGCCUGGGCCCCUCCCAGAUCUACAUCGUGGGCCGGCCCUCCAAGAAGAUGCAGCAGCAGUGCCAGUUCAUCACGGAGGGCUACGCCGCCCACCUGUCCCAGCUGGAGUACCACCGGCACCGCGCGGCGCGGCCGGCCAAGGCCAGCGGCAGCGCCCGCAUGGUGCUGCGCAAGGGCAGCUUCGGCCUGGGCGCCAGCAGCGACUUCCUGCGGAAGAGGAACCACCUGCUGCGCACCAUCUCGGCCCAGCCCACGCCCAGCGCCCCCGCCGUGGCCCCGCCCGCCACCAGCCCCAGCGGCCGGCCCGAGCGCACGCAGAGCCAGUCGGACGGCGAGCGGCGGGAGCGGCUGGAGAGGGCCCCCGACCAGGGGCCAGGGCUGGGCCCCGGGGGGCGCAGCAUGAGCAUCACGGCCAACUGCUGGGGCCGCUCCAAGAUGGAGCCCGCGCUCUUCAACCCCAAGUGAGGCGGAAGAGCGCGAGGAUCUGCGGUCGCUUCCCUGGACCACGUGGAAGGAACCGCUUCUUAUAAAGGGGGGCCUCGACGAGUCACCAUUUUAGGACGCGCAAAGAUUUUUUUUUUUAUAUGAUGUGUUCUUUUAUUAAGAUGGGAUCAAACGCUGGCUCUCACCGGAUUGAGUGGACGAAUGUCGGUGCUACAAACUGUUUUUUAAAACGACACCAUAAACGAUCCCUACUUUUAUCAACCAAUUGCAACUUUUUUUUUUUCAAAGAAAAUGAGGCAUUUAGAUAUUUUUUAAAAAAUAACUUUAUUUAGCAAGAACUUGUCCAAUAUCAGAUCUCCCAAAGUGAAGGUCCUGACAUUUAUCUACUUGUAAACUACUGAGUAUAUAUUUAUGUGUCUUUAAUACAACAUGGCCACCCAGCAGUGUGCCGUCUUGGAACGGGUUGAUGAAGACCGGCUUCCCUGGUGGCCGGCGGCUGAACUGAUCCUCCCCCCCCUCCCCUGCUGAGGCUGACGGCUCGCAGCCUGCUAUAAGCUCUGCUAUAAAUGAAGUGCUAUUUAAGGACGGGCCUCGUAUGUCCUGGCAGAUGAUCCUGACCUCCAGGAAGUGGACUGGUUCUUUUCCUGGUAAUAUCCUCCAUCCAACCACACGACUUCUAGCCAUCGUUGGUAGAGAUUGUGAACAUUUAGGCACUUUACCGAUUUAGUGUGCUGUCAGUUAUUUUAGUUAUUUAGCAAUGAUUUUAAAGGAUUUAAUGUAAUAUCCUGCUGGCAAAUAUUAUUGAAAACAAUGGCAGCAAUGUCAAGCGUUGCUGGCAUUUGUACUUUUAUGGCCACAGAAACAAUCUAUGCAUUUACGUUCUUCCCUGUUUUACUGACUCCUCCCAGACUCAGGAUACUCUGAACAUAAGGGGGAGAAAAGAUUGAGAAAACCACUGAAUUUGACCCUUAGACUAAGGUGACAGUUGAGUGUUCCUGGUUUCCGGUGGUGUUUCGACAUGUUGCAGUGCGACAGUGUGAGCGAUGGGGCCGACCUGUCACUGCUCCAGUGGUCCACUGCUGUGGGGUUGUGCCAAAUCCAAAAGCUGGAGAGCGAUCCGCUGUAUGUGUCUCCAGAGCUGAGCCCACAGGGCCUGUAAAUAGUGUUCUGUCACGCUGUUUUGGAGCGUACAUCUGGUUGCUGGAUCCUCUUAGGGACUCGAGUGUCGUCCGGACCAAACGGCACCAAUUCAGUACACCUUACAUUUUAAUUAUUGCUAUUUAAAUGAAAACAGAUCUUCAAGCAAACGGAUUUUAUGGGGAGGGUGUUUUCAGUUUAUUUUAGCUGGUUUAUUGUGAUUCAUUGUAGACAUUUUUUCUGUACUUAAUUUGCAGUAGCCAAUACUAAUGUCUCUGCCUGGCACAGUAUUCUCCCUGUAAUAUCUGGGUUAUGCUUUCCAAUCACCAGAAUUGCAUUAAUGGUAUAGUAUAGUAUAGCGUAUGAUUAUUCCGAUUAUUUUGGAAAUGUCAAAGUAUGGUCAUCCUGUUGGUAUUCCUACGCUGUAAAUGAGGCAAUGAAUGUGUUUCUAGAUACUUAUUUUUAGGUUAAGGUUGCUCUGACAAUUGCAACAUCUUCACAGCAAAUUGGCGAGUUGUAAAAUUCUGUACAAUAUGCUUCAAAGUUUUAAAUUCAACAGGGUUUAGAGUUCAUGCUGUGCCGUUUGGUCUAAGUGGAAAAAACCAUCUUUGGGUUUAAUCGUUCAAACUCUGUACAAUGAGCCGCUCUGAGGGCAUAGAGCAAACGUCGGCAGAAAUGUGCAAUACUCUCCUCUCCACACCACAGAGACGGCCCUGCUUAGAAUGUGAAGAUGCUUUGACAAUCAGGUGAAGGCCCAGAUCUAAAGAUAGUCCCUGGGCAGGCACGGGCUGGCUGAUCUGUCAGGUGACGUGUGGAGGUUUAUGAUUGGUCACGCAGGGGGUCAGAUGAGUCAUCUUCUCAGACCGAUUGGACAGUCAGAUUUAACUCAACACAUGGAAGGAAGGACAUUGACAAAAGAUUAUUACAAAAAGCUAAGGCCCAGACUAUGGUUUGUCUAGAAGAUUAAGACUUAAUUUGCAACAUUGACUACCACAACGUUGCCUCUAUCUGUGGAUGGUACGCCGUACCAGAGCCUAUUGGAGAGAAUAUCUGUUUACUGUGUCAAAAUCGUCAGAAAUACAUCCUAAUUUACUUCAAAGCACAGAACUGUUAUUACAACAAGUGUAAAAAAACACCAUUUGAGAUGGUGUUAGAAGACUGCGUUCUUCCAUACAUGUAAAUAACUACCCAGUGGGAGCGCUCUCCUACUCUUAAUGUAUGCAACACUCUUAUGACCCUGGUUGUGGGAGAUGUAUUUGGUCAUCAACUAAAAAUCCAGAAUAGGCAACGUUGAAUAAAAAUUGUCACUGCUACUAAAGAUCACCCAUCAUGUACACAUUUGAUCGAGAAAAUUAAAGUCUGUAUAAUAUGUGCGCUCAAGCCAAGCGUCUUGGCAGUCCGUUCUGGUUCUGCUACAGACCCAGAAAAUAACGGCCUUUAUGUUCCCUCUCCCUGCCUUACAACCCCCCUCCUAACCGGGUCUGGGUAAUCCAAGCUGCUUCACCAGUAGUAUUUUAAGGUGACCUUGUGGACAGGGGGCAGAACAUCAAUGCACAGUGUGCCGUACAGUAAAACGAGGACACGUUACUUUACCAGAAAACUGGAUGUUUCAGUUAAUGUAAAACACAAGUUAAAAAUAUAUUGUCUAUUUUUAACAUGUUGAGAGGAUAUGCUAGCUUACAAAACAAGGGGUUUCAUUAAUCCGAAGAACUAUUUUUAACUUGAUAAUAUAACAUCCAAUAGUCUGACCAUGUUCUGCCACUCCUAGUGCACAGAUGGCUUACACGCUGAGAUGUAAAUACAAUGCAUUUGUAAAAGCUUGGGAAAUAUUUUCAUUGCACAAGCAGUUUUUUUUUGGUUUUGGAUACCUUGAUUUUAUCCAUUCCCAUGUUUGUAUGUACAAUGUGUAAAUAACAUGAACUACUAAAGAAAUAUUGUCUUUUUUGGGCAUCCCUUCAGUUGAGAACCAAAAAUGUAAUCUUGUUCUUUACUGCUCAUAAUACAAUGGACAGUGUGAAAAUGGUCCUACAAAAUGCAUCCUGUAAAUGUAAAUCCUUUAAUUAGUAUUUCCAUAUUAGACACUCAUAAUGGCCGGUUGGUGAAUGGGAAAGCAUGAAGGCCUGUCAGCAUCUCUCCACAGCCUGAUCAGGUAUGCGGUCCAAGCAGUUUUCCACCUCCUCUGUAGCUGCAGUUUCUUUAUGACCAUGAGCAGUGAUAAAGGUUUGUAGACAUAAAUAGAAUGACUACAAUUUUUGAUUUCUGAAAAUUAGUUUUAUUUCUUGUUGAGGACUUCAAAUAGCAUUACCCCAGAAAGUUGUUCAUAUG